GUAAACGAACUUGAAUAUAAAGAUGAGAGAGAGAGAGAGAGAGAGAGAGAUAGAGAGAUAGAGAGAGAAAGAUAGAUAAAAGUGCAGAUAAGGUGUAAAUUCUUUAAGAUGUACGCGUGGGACGAGCGAAAGCUUGACGAUCGCCAUACACGUAUGAAAAGCGUACGGCGAGUUUGGUGAUGGUAGUUCCGUGUGUUGCGUCUGCGCAGAAAUGAGUGAAGACUAGGCGUCGCGGCGCCGUCGUAUAUCGCACCGUCUCUGUCGGCGUCGUCAGGUCGCCUAGUGGCUUGUAAGCCAGUCAACUAGGCUGAAGCAGUGAACGCCAUAUUGAACGUAUACGAAGGGAGAAAUCUCUGUGUGUGCUUGUCGCUUCCUCUGAAAAAGCCACUGACAAGUUGCAACAACUAUACACGAUUUCCUUUCUGCUCGCUCGCUGACUCUUGACAACUGUACAAAGACGCUUUUCCUAUACUCUACUGGAUGGGGUGAUGAGCGGCAAAGAGAGAUAGAGGCGGAGUGCAGAGGAAGAGAAGGGAUAGAGAGAGAGAGAGAGAGAGAGAGAGAGAGAGAGAGAGAGAGAGAGAAAGCGAGAAAAAAGAGGGAGAGAAACAGACAGAAAGAGAAAACAGGCGUACGCCUCGUAAACACAUAAUAAAAGCUCGCAAGCCUACGCCCCCAGCCUCUGUUCCGUGUGCAUCUAACGACGAAUCGAGCGCAAAAAAGUAAUCUUUAAUCUCGAUCAAGAACUACUGAGAGCCAUUGUGGACUGAUAGCGACUGAUAGCAUAAAGUUCUGGCGCUCCUUCGACAAGUAGUAUAGAAGUCAUGAGAUGGUUAGAAACAUGCCACUAGCCACGAGCUUGCCAAGCUUGAAUUGGCUGCCGCAAGUGUUGAUCCUAAGUCAACUCGAGAGUGAGGACGUCAUAGCUUGUCAUCGUCAACAGCGGCUGAUCAGACGUUGACCCUAGUGCGCGCACGGCUGUGUGUAUGUGUGUGUGUAUGUGGUGACCAUAUUUACGUUCUUUUACUCUCGUCUGUUUCGGGUUACCUGCGUGCGCCAGCAAAAGCUCCGACGACUUGGACCGAAGAGCGAGACGAACGAGGGAGCGAGAAAGGGGGAGGGAGGGAGGGCGAGAAUCGAAACAACGACUGAGUGAAGUACUGCAAGUAUUGAAAGAAGCUGCCGACGAAGAAGGUGCAACAACCUGGAGCUCGGUUGCUCGCGCGCCACAACGACUCACUCGUCCUCUCUCUUUCUCUCUCCCCGUCGCUCUCGUCAAUCAAUAGUCGCGCCACACGAGGGAUACGAGCUUACAACACAGUCGACCUACAGAUCCGUUUUUUCUUUUUUUCACUAUCUAUCUCUCUACCCCUCCCUCUCUCUCCCUCCCCCUCUCUCGCUCUCUCUCUCUCUCUCUCUCUCCAUCUUCCACACACACCACUUUCUUUCUCAUACUCAUUCAAUUCCUUUUGCACCCGCACCUCCUUUUUACGUGUGUUCACUAGCCUCCAUCGUAUUUCGAGCACUAACCUAGACAAUAUUCUCUUCAAACUUUUCCUAUUCCAUUCUUAGCUCUUGGACUUAUUUUAUUAUUCUCAUGUCCAGAGCUUGAGUUAAAAGUCUUGGUGCACAAUAUCGAGAAAAGGGUCAAUAGAGAAAAUUACAAAAGAAGCUAGAGACUGCAAGAGAGAGACACAUAGAUAGAAUAGCAUCCCGCUUGGAUAAAUAAAACAAAGCAAUAGUGAAUAGAAGUUUGACAACAGAAGUAAUGAAGAAAUUGAGUAGCCAGCAGCAGCGGCAGCAGCGUGGAGCAUGCUCAGUGAGAACUUUAUCGUAGCAACUAAAUCACUGCGGUUGCUGCUGCUGCUGCCACCGUAGACGGCUAACCAGUCAACCGACCGCUCCACCAACCGACCAACCAAUCAACCAACCAACUAACCAGCAAGCAAGCCGUAAACAAGAAAAAAAAGAGAGAGAGAGAGAGAGAGAGAGAGAGAGAGAGAGAGAGAGAGACAGAAAGACAGAAAAAUCGCAGAACAAUUUAUCGGCACACCAACAAACUAUGUUGGAGUACCGUUCGGGGCGAGGCUGCCCUUAUCAGACCAACAGUAUAGUCUAGCAAAAGUUUAGUAGCUGACUGACAACAGAACUAGGACUAAAGCCAAGUAACGAACAGUAUAUCUAUACUCGUGAAUAAUCGUCGAACGAGCCGGGAAGCGAGUAAUCUCGCUAGCAAGCGCAUGGAACAUGAUAGAGAUGUCGAGUGGAAUCGGCGCAACAGCGAUGGGAUUAGGCGUUAGUCACGGAGGAAACAGCGGAGGUAACACUGCCGGCGACUCAUCGGCUGGCGGCGGUGGUUGCCGACUACGGGCCCAAAGUCAAAGCCAAGUGUCUCAAAGUGGUUCGCCGUCAUCUUCAAUACAGCAGCAACAACCACGAGGUAGUAACAAUUCAGGCCAACCAACAACCAAGCAACGUAGCAACGAUUCACAGCGACAUGGAAUUAUGGGUAGACCUAGGAAGGAUAAUUGUUGUCUCUGCUGGUGUUGCUGCUGCAGCUGCUCGUACGUUUUGGCGGCGGUGGGUACCGGAAGUGGUGGCGGAGGUGGAGGUAUGCGGUCAUCGGGUGGUCUGAUGUCAGGAGAUCAUGGCAAUGACUUGACUGCAGAAUUGUCAGCUGCAGCGGCAGGUAACGGGCUCGAAGGCGACAUCAACGAUAUCACUAUAGAUGAGAUACGAUCGUGGGGUUCCUCUUUCGAUCGACUCAUGCGUAACCCCGUAGGCCGAAAGCUUUUUAAGGAGUUCCUGGUGAGCGAGUAUAGCGAUGAGAACAUUGCUUUCUGGCUUGCCUGUGAACAGCUCAAACGUGAAAGCAAUCCUGAAAGAAUCGAGGAAAAAGCCAGAUACAUUUAUGAGGACUACAUAUCCAUUAUUUCGCCUAAAGAAGUGAGCUUAGACUCGCGAGUUCGAGAGAUUGUCAAUCGAAACAUGACACGGCCAACGCCACACACAUUUGAUGAAGCGCAAUUGCAGAUUUACACGUUGAUGCAUCGAGACUCGUAUCCACGUUUCGUCAACAGUGAGCUUUAUCAACGAGUGGCUCGUAUGAACAGUGGGCCACCAAGUCCCUGCAUUGAUGAUAAUGGUGGUAGUGGUGGUGGAGGCGGCGGCGGCAACGGCGGUGGUGGUGGUGGUUCCAACAAGGAUUUAUCUGUUACCUCUGCACCUUCGUCAUCUCAAACACGCAAAUCCAAAAAGUCCAUUACGUAAUUGUCAAGAUGAGUUUAUUCUCAAUGCUCCGCUACGAGCGCGUGUCUGUGUAAAUUUGUGUGUUUGAGUUCUUUCUCUUCAAAUUUGAUUGAUGAAUAUAUAUGGGUAUACAAAAAAGACAACAGAAAAAAAGAAAAACAGAGAGAGAGAGAGAGAGAGAGGAGGGAGAAAGAAUGUCGUUCUAUCUUUCCUCUUUCUGACUGUAAUAAUACCCGAUGAUAUAUGUGUUACACAGCGGAUAAAUACAUAAACUCAAAGAUAUAAAGAUUAUUGAAUAUCCAUGGGAGAUUUUCCGAAGAAGGAACUAUUCUUAUUAUCUUAUUAUUAUAUGACAUACACAACGGAUCUUGGUUGAUAGCUUUUAUGUGUUUGCAUGUUGUGAAAGAUAGUAUGCAUUUGAGAUAGAGAGAGAGAGAGAGAGAGAGAGAGAGAGAGAGAGAGCGUGUGUGCUGUGUAAAAAAGAGCUAAGUGACAUUUGUUAUAAUUAUUUUGUGGUAGUUUGUAUACGAUGGCAAUGAAUACUAUUCGACGUAUCUAUAUUUAGAUGUUAGAUUCGCUACUAACUCCAUUUGUUUUUAACUUAAUUCUGGUUUUAUAUAAUUAGUCAAAUAAAUAUUAAUUUCUGCAGUGAUAUGUCAUACGAACGAUCUCUAUUAUUCACUUCAUUUUAUUCCGUUUUAAUUUUUUGUUUCUUUCAAUCGCCUUAAAGAUCCACGAUAAGAAUCAUUUUUUUGUUUGAUUUACCCCAGACAUAAAAGAAGCACAAUUAGACAUAGAGGUGAUAUACUUAUUGAGAUAAUAUGCGUGCAUGUAUACGCACACACAAUUACACGCACACAUACACGCAUACACACACAUACACAACAUGGGUUCACGCAUCUCGGAAGGAAAAGUAUUUUCAAGUCUGUACCUCAUGUAAAUUAAAUCUUGAGGCUUCGCCUUAACAAAUACAAACUAUAGAUUUGCCAUUUUUCUCCCAUGAUGCGGAUAGAAUUUUUCGCACUAUUAUGUUCGGAAAUUGAAAACUCUGGCUCAGGCAGCAACUGCAACUUUUCGUCAUCUGGCAGGAAAAAUAACGUUAUUGAACUGUCAACAACUGUUCGCGUAAUAUGUAUACAACAGCUAUAUUUUUUCCUUGGGUUUAAUUACUUGAUGCAUCUUUUUUACUUAACACCCACGUACAUGAUUAUAUGAGUUGUUUAAUUACUUUAUAUGUCUAAAAAUCUAUAACAAAAUUAUAUUCUACUUAUACAGUAAAUAGGAGUGAAAGUUGUAUGAGUAAAUAUAAAAUAAAUUGACUACUACAAAUAGUCUUGGAUUGUUGCCUAGUCACUUAAAGAGAUGGAGGGAGAAAAAUCGAAAGAGAGUAAGAGUGUGUGUGUGUGUGUGUAUGACACUGUCAGAGACAGAAAUUAAGAUAGAGCGAGAUGAGGACAGAUACGAAGCAAGUGUACUGCCGCGCAAUGCACCAAAAAUCAUAUGUCGUAUUUUAACCAACGAUUUAUACUCGACCAAUGACAGGGAGAAACUGUAAGUUAAUAUAAGUUGCAAGCGUGAAAUGAUAUUAGAAAAACUUCAAAUUUAACACGUAUACAUCAUGAGAAAAAUUAUCUUCGUGGACAUUUAUAUGAACGUGAUUUUUCUCUUCGGAUGUAUAAAGCGUAAACAUAACAAACUGUAGAGUGGCCUAAAAACAAACUUUUUUAGGCGCAUUAAUUUCCAUGUAAGAAGACGUAGUGAUUGUAGCUCGAAGUUAGAGCUCGAAAAGCUACGCUGUUGAGUAAAAAAUAAAUAAUAAUAAACUAAAUUAAAAGAAAUUAAAUUAAUCUCGUACAUACCCGUACUCGUCUGAAAAAUAGUGAGAUACUCUUAAGCAUAAUGAGCCAGCAUAUUAAAGGUGAAUACUAAAUUGAUAUAUAUAAAGUGAUAAGAUGAUCUCAUCGUGAAUGAAAAAGCAAAAAAAGCAACGCGAGAUUGAGAUUCUCGCUCAUAGUCAGUCAUAAUUUUUGGCUACUGCCUUAGUUAUGUAUAUGUAUGUGUGUGUGUAUACAUACAUACAUAUACACACACAAAUACACACACACACACAUAUAUAUAUAUAUAUAUAUACAUAUAAUAAAUUAUAGAUAAAUUUAAUUACGCCAUAUAAACUACUACAAAAACAUUGUGUAUCUGAAAAAAAAAUUGUAAUAUGUAUAUGCACAGCACGCGUACAUACAAAGUACAAUGAGAAUGAACCCACAUAAUACGCCAUAAUAUAAUUAAGCAAAUAAAAAUGCAAAAGACCAAGUACUAAGGGUAGAGAUGCUCUACGUUACAAUGACCGUAAGUGUUGUUUUCCUGCAAUGAUAUUGUUCAAACUUUGUAUGAUGAAAUUCAUAAUUUAGAAAUAACUAUAAGACUAAAUUCUAUCUUGAUGUAUUAUUUCAAUGUAUAAUGUGCGGUAUGCCUAAUGUGCUGAUAACGAAGAAAUUCCGAAAUGAUUCAGUCGUGUAUAUAUACAUAUACAUAAAUAAGUAACAAGAUUAAUUAGAAAGAAUUAUUUCUUAUACUGAUUAUGUACAAAUAAUAGAACAAAAGUUUAGUUCAAAAGUGUAUGUGUGCGCGCGAGUGUGCAUGCACCAAGAAAAAUCGUGUUAGUAAUUGUUACUAUAUUGCUUAGUAAAGCGAGAUCUGUAACCGAUAAUAGACUUUUUGGUAAACUAUACUAUAAUUUGUUUGGAAUAGUAACAGGGUAAUAAAAAAAUUAACUAUUGUGUAUAAUUUGAGAAAUAUAGUAAAAUCAGCUAUAUUUUAUGGUUCUUCCGACUAUAUUUUACUAGUUAUAUAAAUUAUUUUGUAAAUAUGUUUCAAAAUAUAGUAAACAACAUUACAUUUUUUAUAAAAACUACUGUUUUUAUGGUAACCUAUAUUAUUUUUCAAUAUUAAAAUAAACUAUAUUUUAUAGUCGAUUCUUUAUAGUACUAUACAAUAUAGUAACUUUUAGGUAACCGUUACUAAAGUAGCCGUCAAUAAACUAACUUUUUUUCAGUGUGUGUUCGCAUGUGAGUACAUGUGUGAGGGUGUAUGUGUGUAAGUGUGUAUCUAUAUGUCUACGAUUUAAGAGAAGUCUGAAAUGAAAUGAAAUGUAUAGUUGCAUAGUGAAAAGGUAUAUAGAAAUUUUAAAGUAACGUGAUAUCGUAAAUAAUAUAAUAAAUAUUGAUGUUUCUCCCUCUGUUUCGACGAAUCGCGUGGCGAUCCAUUAUUUAUAAGUAGGUUAAAUCGAUGCUUUCGUUCAAAUAGACAGCAACCAAGUACGCAUUGGGAUAUGUGACAAAUAUACAUCUAUAUACGUAGAACUAUAUUGCACACAUUCGAACACGAAAACACAAACGCACGUGCAAAUUUGUAUUGUUUUUAUAGAAAAGGCAUCAAAACAAUAAUUCGUGUUUCAAAACCGGAAGUUCCUUUUUUACGUGAUUAAAAGUUUAUAAUGUUCUUAAGCGUUUUAAUUCGUUGCGUAUUUGAUUAAGUUGUAUUGCGUUUUUGAGAUACUUACAAAAAUAUAUGAAAAUUACAAUAAAGCGUGCAAUAAAUAAGUUAUAAAAAAACAACGACGUGAUUUCUUAGGCAAAAAUAAAAAUAAUUAAUCAACUAACCAAAGAUAUAUAACAGUAACAAAUUUUAAUUUUUCCACCGUGAUUGUGACGUUGUUUAUUUUUAAUCCUAUUCCUAUUAAAUCCUUCGUUUUUUUGUUUUUUUGUGGCGGCCUGCCAUUAUUUUGAAUACAGUAUAUAUACGUACAUAUAUAAACGUCAAAACGGAGAGUGAGUAUGGGACAAGAUAACGUUAUGAUUGAUCAAGUUCAUGUGAAUCAUAUAUUUAAAAGAAAACGAAAAUAUAAAAAUGUAAAUCAAUUACACACAUACAUACGUGCGCGAAAUUUUGAAAUACAUUGAGAGUGCAAUCAAUCACGAAAAAUAGCAUAUGUUCAUAAUAGACUUUUGAAAACAAAUUAAUUAAUAAAUCUGGUUUGAUUACAUAAGUUGACUAAAAUUUGAGUAAGUUUUGUUAGUAAAGAUAAUUGCUGAGCAUUUCGUACAGUGUCGAAAGCUGAAAAGAGUAAAAGUAAAUAUGUUGAAUAAGGAAAAAAUGUUAGCUGAACUUGUAUUUGGCAAUACUCUGUAUGAAUACUCUUGAUAGGUUUGCAGGUUGUAUCUUGAGAUGUUUGAGAGAGUGUAUGAUUGAUGAGAGAUUUUUCAUACGAUCGAGCGAAAUGGUCUAUAAUAUUAUAUAUUAUUUUUGAAAUAUAAUAAAAAUGAAUUGAAGAGAGAGGGGGGAGAGAGAGAAAGAGAUAGAAAGAAAGUACGAUGCUUCGGUAUAUGCAGUCAAGGACUUGAAGAGAAUUAUUGAUCGUCACGUAAUACCUAGUCUCUACAUCUUUAUUAAUAAACGGACAAUUUUUCUCAAUCUUCGAUUCUGUUGAUUUACUUUAUUUUUCUGCGUUAUUAUUAUCCUCCUAAAUACUAUCCACAUUUAGAAAAGCAAAGUUUCAAGGCUGUGUCUGCACUAGUAUUUAAAAAUAAUUGUUCUGGUAGUUAAAAUAUGGACGAAAUUGGAAACAUUAAUGUUAUGAUUGACUGAUUGAUUGAUUGUAACAAAAAAUGUAAAUAUAAAUUUAUUAGUAAUAUUUACCAUAGAUCAAUAAACAGCAAUAUAUUAUUACAGUAGUAUAUUAGCAUAUAGUAAUGUCUACUAACACUGCUACAUUUCAAAUUGUUUAAGAAUUCGUAUAGCAGAGAAAGUAGAAAAAUUUGUGAAAUAUACAAUUUGAAUACAGUUUUGGAUAAAACAAGUAAUAGUUUUGAAGAGAGAGAGGGGGGGGGUCACAUGUAGCACAUCUGCAUGUACUAGAUGUACGCUAUAGAUUAGUCAUUUGGUCUCUUACACAGUUUGGCAGCGGUGAAUACCGGAACUGGUGGUGGACGUGGAGGUAUGCGAUUAUUUUCUUCAUAGGCACCACCAGAAAGAGCAUCUCGUAAACUUUCAAAGUAUGGCCCUCACGAUUUUUUUAACGCCUGUAACAUUAGUUAUGAGCGCUCAAUGACUAGUGUACCUAGAGUGGCGUUAUUAGCCGAAGCGAGUUAACUUAAAAUCUGCACGAAAUAUAUGUAAAAUACAUUUAGAACCUGUAUAGAAUCUAUGCAGCAAAUAGGGUCUGAUUUUAGAUUGUCAUAUAAUAGAACUCACAUAGAAUCUAUAUGGGAAUCGGCAUGGAUAUCCAUAUAUAUUUCAGACAGAAAUCCACAUGGAAAUUCACAUGGAUCGAUAUCUAGUACGUGGAAGUUGAAAAAAAAUAGAGUGACUUUCGUUGGUGCCCAAAAUCUUUAUAUUACCGUAUGAGAGGAUCACAUAUAGCUGUAGCUAGCUUAUUCAUAUAAUUUAUUACUCAACAUACGCAUACGUAGCAUUACAAUGCACUUAAUGGUGAUUACUGCAAUCUCUUUCAGAAUCUUUGUACGAACAAUUCACUAAUCAUAUAUAUAUGAAUUAUAUUGUAUAAAUAUUUAUCUUUGGCGUUUACCACUUUCAAGAAAAUAAGAAGUUGGUUUGUCUUCUAAAUAUUUACGUAUACGAAAGUUUCUAAAAUAUGAUUAUAUACUGUUGAUUAUCUUCAGUUGUUUAGCACAGUUUAAAUUUUAAAAUUAGUUGGAACAUGAGAUCGCAGCAAUAUCGAUAUCGAAUAAGCCACAUAAAUUGAAACCAUGCAGCCAUUCAGACGCAAUCGACACGUUAUCUAAUUGCUAAUUGUUAUUCUCCAACACGAUCUAUGCAAUGGCCAUUCGUAAAUACAAAUAUAUAAACAUGCAUUUUCUUAAAAGAAUCUAAGGAAAAUUAAAUAACUAAACGAAUAAAUAGUUGGUAUGACAGCCUAACAAUUUUAUUUUAGAUUCAGUGGCAACGGGUAAUCAAUUGAUUUUCCGAAAAAAAAACUACCACUGCUUCAGUCCCAAUUAAGCAAAUUAUUUGCACUAAGAUAGAAAAAACAAGGUUACAUAUCGAUGUUCGUUAAGAUAGAAUAAUAGUCACUGAAUUGUAUUUUUCCUAGCUCCCGCUCGAGUGCGCGUCCGCUUGUGUGUAAGCGCGCGUGUGUAUAAGUGUGUGUGCGUGCACGCGUGUCGGGGUCUACGUACUUAUGCCGAGAUAAAAACUGGACUCAAAGGAAUGUCGCGGCACGUAAGUUUUCUCUCAAUAAAAUUCAAGCUAACAGUCAAACCAGCGCUUUCCACUUGUAAAAAC